AUAACCAACAACUUUCAGAACAUUUACAUAGACACCAAGGAAAAGGCUGUCCACGAUGGAGCUUGCUCAAGAAGCGUAUGAUACCCUAAUAAACGAGACGCAGGUUCUUCAACUCAUCUAUCAUCGAAAUAAGAAUCAGCACAGACUUCUGGGUUGGUGGAAGUACUUCAAAAUGCUUCUAACUCGGUUGAAACGCAUUGUUAAGGACCCAAUCAAGAAGAACGUUACAGUGCUAUACCAGAAGAAAAUCAUCAACAAAUGCUUUUACGAGUUUUAUGGAAUCAUCAAACUCGGUCAGUUUAUGUCUUUAGGGCUUGUUUUAGUAGCCAGUUUGAGCAAAAUCAAUGAGAUCUUGAAGGCUUAUACUGAACUACGGGUGCCUACUCAAAUAGACCAACAAAACAUAUAUUUACAGGACCUGGAUGACAUUGGAGAAGUUAUUACAGAACACAUAGGGGAGACCAUUACCAAAUCUGAAGGGUUAUCAAUAGGCAAGACAGAACUUAUGAAAACAAAGGAUAAACACUUAAAGAAGGACAAGAAGAAAAAGAAAAAGACCAAAAGUGAUAUCGACAAGAUAUUCGGCUAACGCAUUACGAACCAACUACAAGGGACUGGAUUCCUUCGCUUUUAAAUUCACUUAAUAUACAACACUAUUUAAUACUGAACAUAUUGAGAUUGCAAACUGUAUUGGUCAAUAUGCAAUUCAUCGGUGUUCAACCCUGUAUUCAUGCCCAUUAUUGGUUGCCCGUUGCUCUGUUGGUAUUGAUGUUGCUCUUGUGGAGGCUGGUUGAUUUGUUGAGGCUGGGGAUGCUGGUUGGUGAAUGCUUGACGGUAUUGUUGAGGAAGUUGUUGACUCUUGAUACCAUUUGGUCCCAUGGCCAUGUUGAAGUUCAUCUGCAUUUGCUUUUGCAUUAUUUGAUAUUGUUGCUGCAAAAGCAUAGGAUUCACUUGACGUUGGGUGCCGGCAGCCGAAUCGGGAGAACUCAUGGACACGGGAGUAAAUUGAUUCAAUUGGUCAACAUCUAAACAGAACUCAUCAUCAUAGUCUAGCGUGUAAAAGUAAGGGUCAUUAAUAUCAUAGUAUUCAUUCAUAAUUGGCAUUUGUUGGGGAUUGGCAUUAAAUUGACUGGCACUGGGAAGCACAUUCUGUUGUUGUUGAACCUGUUGUAAAGGAGCAACAGAAGCAGCUUGGGUAUGUGGUGGGUUCACCCGUUGUUGCACUUCGUUUCUUUGUUGAAGAGGACUCACAGACUGUUGGUGGGGAGGACUUAAUUGUUGGACGGAGCUUGUGGAGUGUGGUUGCUGUUGGUGUUUCUUUGAAAUGUCUGCUUCCAACAUUGGAGAUUGGCUCAAUUCGCUUGAAAGGGGAGAAAGGUCUUGAGAAUCAAAGUCAUAUUCGUUUUCGUAUUCGUAUUCAUUUUCUUCAGUUUUGAUUCCCUUCAGAGUUUCUUGCUUGAUGAUUUCAUUGACCAAGCUCGAAUACUCCGUAUAAGCAGUUUCAAUCUUAAUACCCUUUCUCUUCAUUUCCUUCUUCAACUUAUUCUUGAUUCGGGACUUGCCGAUGAAGCCAGCCGGUAAGAAUUUACACUCGCCACCUUCAAUGUGGAUUUCACACCAAAUUUCUGAGUUGGGGAAGAACUCUCCACACAUUGAGCAGUUUCCACAGGACUUGGCCCUUUCUUUGGUUUUGGUACCCUUAGGAUACUGGAAAUGCCUGGACUUCAAAUGAGUCUUGUAAGUGUCUCUUCUGGAAAAUCCACCGGUAGGAUGACAUUGGUGGGUCACGUUUGCUUCAUCAAUGUAUACACUAAACUUGUGGAAAGGACAACAAUACGCCUUUUUGAUGGAAUGUUUCUUCAAGUGUCUCGUCAAGUAGCCUCUCAAUUUAAACGUAGCUUCACAUUGAGGACACUGGUGUGCCUUGUUGGAGUCUCCGGGACCAUUAAGGGCCGAUAAGGGUGGCGAUGGACUACUGGUGGACUUUGGACUGUGGUUACCCUUGGCGAGCUGGGCACUAGCCUGAAAGCCACCAAAGAGGUUCAGUGACAUGAUGGAUUCGUUAUUCGAGGAUGAGUUGGAGAUGGUCGGGGAAAUGUUGUCGUUGGCGCCAGCAGUGCUAUCGUUGAACGAAGCCGACUUGACAGAGGCAUCGUCAG